CCGCCCCACCCUCCCAGGCCAGCGAGGAUGGAGAGAGCGUAGGCCACUGCCCGUCCUGCCAGAGACUCUUCAUGCUCCUGCUCCUCAAGGGCGUGCCCUUCACGCUGACCACCGUGGACACUCGCAGGUCCCUGGAUGUGCUGAAGGACUUUGCCCCUGGAUCGCAGCUGCCCAUCUUGCUCUAUGAUGGCGAGGCCAAAACGGACACGCUACAGAUCGAGGAGUUUCUGGAGGAGACCCUGGGCCCUCCGGAGUUCCCUGGUCUGGCCCCCCGCUACCGUGAGUCCAGCACGGCAGGCAACGACAUCUUCCACCGGUUUUCUGCCUUCAUCAAGAACCCGUUGCCCUCGCAGGAUGACGCCUUGUACCAGCAGCUGCUGCGCGCCCUGGCCAAACUGGACAGAUACCUGCGGGAGCCCCUGGAGCAUGAGCUGGCACAGGAGCCACAGCUGCGCGAGUCCCGCCGCCGCUUCCUAGACGGGGACCAGCUCACACUAGCCGACUGCUGCCUGCUGCCCAAGCUGCACACGGUGGACACCGUGUGCGCGCACUUUCGCCAGGCACCCAUCCCCGCAGAGCUGCGCGGGGUCCGACGCUACCUGGACAGCGCCCUACAGGAGAAGGAGUUCCGAUACACUUGCCCACACAGCUCUGAGAUCCUGGCCGCCUACAGGCCGGCAGUGCGCCCCCGCUAGAGCUCCCCACCCCUCCUCUGCAGCCCCAUAAAGCCAUCUCUGUCCCA